AGAAAGACUUACAGAUGGGGACUUUUUCCUGUGGCUAUCGAACGCUGGACAUAACUCGAGCAGCCAGACGCUGCGAGUGCAAAAGAGACAGUGCGUGAAGCAGGGACAGCAGAUACAGAGUGACCUCCUUUGACGGAGACGGGUGCAAGGAGAAUAAUACGAAUACAGGACACGGAGGUCCAACGCUUUUCCCGACGCGCACGCUACGCACAGCCAGCUUGCCUACCAGCCAGCAGCCAACAGCCAACAGCCAACAGCCAACAGCCAACAGCCAACAGCGAGCGACUUGCCAAAAAUUGCGGAGAGCCAAGGGGGUCACUGGUCAGAUCAAUGUUUCAUCGCUCCUGCCACUUUUACGUCUGUGCUUCUGAAUUGUGCAUCUGCAGCAUCCCCACAACGUCACCAUUCCAGAUCGCUCCUUCCUGCUGUAUCUUUUUUUUCCCUCUUAGUGUUACGACAAGAUAUCACAAUGUUGCGCCGCACUUCGAAAUGCCUGUCUCGGCGCCAGGCCCUGCUAUCACGUCCGCGCUAUCUUAGCACCACACUGCCUAACAGGUUCGCAACGCCGACUUCUGGGUUUGCGCCGACCUGGGACAAGAUCAAAGAAAGCUUGAAGGCCCCCGUCGAGCAAUUCAUGCCAACAGCCCGCCCUUCAUACAUCACCGAGAGCUUCUCGUCCGACACAUCCGACCAUCUUAUCCGCACUUGCACCGUCCUAACUUCGGAGCCCAAAGCCACCCCGCUCGAAAAACUGCUCGAUCGCAUACCACAGUUCCAAGCAGGAAACGAAACGGGCUUGUUCACCGACUUUCUCCUGUUGGUCACUCCGUCCUACGCCGCAGACCUGAGAAAGCAGAAACAUGUCAUUGAGAAAGCAUUGACGCGCAUCUUCUCUGUUAAAGAGCUGGACAAGGACCUACACAGCAGACUCGGUGGAGAUUCCAGAGAGGCUGUCAGACUCGUUGCUGCAGUCGUUGACAGGCUACCGAAACCCUCGCACUUGGAUGCCUCUGCAGUCGGCGACAUUGGCUCCGAAGGUAUUGCUCUACGCUUGAUAGCAAACGAGAACCCCAUCUGGAAGCCCGAGCUCGCAAGAGACGAUCCUCGCGCUGCUCUCUCGGACAACAAGUACCGUUUCUUGAGCUUCCACCUGGACGAUGCCGCCACUCCUGCGCACAUGCUUCCAAUCGUCCAACUCCCGCUUGCCAACACCAUCUUCCACAAUGGCUUAACCUCUACCCUAAUCUGGCGCAAGUACUCUCUACACAAAGAUGGCAAGGGUCUCGUUCAAACAGACGAGCAGGUCUGCGACUCUCAUCGCGUCAAGCUUCCCAAACCAUCUGCUUCUCGCCAGACCACUACACUAGCUCUGUCGGCGCCACUUGUACCUCUGACCUCUGCCAGGUCUGUUGUGGCAUGCAUGGGAAACAUCAUCCGUCGCCUGUCUGCUGACUCUGGACUUGGUUCACAUGAUCCGACAAAAGAGGCUAUACUAGCUUCUCACGAACUUGAGCAAUCCGUCACGUCGUAUCACAAGACUCGAGGACUCUCUCCUCGCGCCGUCUCUGUCUGGGCUCUGGUCAUUCCGGAAAAGACUUUUUCUGGAGGUCUAUCUAUGGCAGCCAAGGUUCUCGGCGAGAGAGACCUGCCCGAGUUGUGGAAGUCGGGUUCAAAUCACGACACCGAUGCUUCCCAGCCUAAUCUGUUGACACUACUCCAACAUGGUGCACGUCUUCAUAAAGUCCUGUCGGGAGGUGGUGGCUGGGGCAAGAAGGCUGGUCUGCUCUCGUUGGACCCCGACAGCGGCUAUGGCCAGCACCCGCCGUGGGAAGAAAUUGCACCAGCACAACAAACUGAUGCCGAGUAUAUCGAAGGUCUCUCCCCUGUGCCAGCUGAUCUGCACAAUGUCUGGGGGUUCGAGCCACAAGAACUGCCCAGCAUCGUCAACAAGGGAGAUUUCAUCCAGUUCUACAUCUCACCAUCCGCUUCCUCUGAAGAGGCACUUGCACAGCACAAAACCGGCGACAAUAUUCACGAGUCCAUUCCGGCACAUGUCAAGACUGUAGAGUUUGGCAGCGUUCCGAGCACCGUCGAUGAUAUGCCAAGCAGUCAAAAAAUGGCGUCACAAGGGCAAGACACUGUGCAAACAUAUCCGAACCAUUUCGGUGCUUUGUCAGAGACUGGCAUCGCCAUGUUUUUCGGUCUCCAAUCAAGCAAAGAAUCGUCAUCCAAAGUCCAUGAUGCCCAAGACGCAGCGACCAAGAUUGAUGUGCCAUUUGGUAGAAUCAGAUCACGAUCACAGAGCUCAGUAUCUUCAAGGGCAAAGCAGGCUCAAGCAGGUUUCGGCUUUUCGCCUUCGACCCCCUUGCAAUCUUGGACCUCUAGCCAUCACCUCUUCGGGAGGAAGCUGUAGGUAGCAUAUUGUAUUUCUGGUCGUAACAUUCCAACCAACCUGACAAAGUACAUGGCAAUACAGAACGCGUUAUCAAACGCCACGGCGAAACCUAGCAACAGAUAGUGCACCACUGAACAGAGACCCGCCUCCCAAACAUUCAGACAAUACCAUCUGGCAAGGUGCAACAAAGUCAGCUCUCACUCCUCGAGAGCUUAGGAAGAUUAGUCGAGUCCCAAAAAUACCAAACAAGAACUGGACCUCAGCG